AAGUGAAAAUGGCCGAUUGAGGUGGAACAGUGUGUGGUUGCGGAAAGUUUUCAGUGGAAAAAAGAGCCUUGAUGUGCGGUUGUAUCGCUGGAAAAUAGUAUAAAUUUGCUUUAUUCAUUGCUCGUGACGCGUGAUUAGACAAGAGUGGCGAUAGAAUGGCGGGCACAGAGAGAGAAAUUCCUGCUGAAGACUCCAUCAAAGUCGUCUGUCGAUUUCGACCAUUGAACGACAGUGAGGAAAAGGCUGGCUCUAAGUUCAUCGUGAAAUUUCCCAACAGCAAUGAGGAGAACUGCAUAUCGAUUGGUGGAAAAGUCUACCUGUUCGAUAAGGUUUUCAAGCCGAAUGCAUCGCAGGAGAAGGUGUACAAUGAGGCGGCAAAGUCAAUUGUCUCCGACGUAUUGGCCGGAUACAAUGGAACGAUUUUUGCCUAUGGCCAAACAUCAUCUGGUAAAACACACACAAUGGAAGGUGUCAUAGGUGAUUCGAUAAAGCAAGGCAUCAUUCCUCGCAUUGUAAACGACAUCUUCAAUCACAUCUACACGAUGGAGGUGAAUUUGGAGUUCCACAUAAAAGUUUCCUACUAUGAGAUUUACAUGGACAAAAUUCGGGACUUGCUGGAUAUAUCGAAGGUGAACCUGAGUGUACAUGAGGAUAAGAAUCGUGUGCCUUAUGUAAAAGGUGCCACAGAGCGCUUCGUGUCCAGUCCUGAGGAUGUCUUCGAGGUGAUUGAGGAGGGCAAGGCGAAUCGCCACAUUGCUGUGACAAAUAUGAAUGAGCACUCAUCGCGAUCACAUUCAGUAUUUCUGAUAAAUGUGAAGCAGGAGAAUCUGGAGAAUCAGAAGAAGUUGUCAGGGAAGUUGUAUCUGGUCGAUUUGGCUGGUUCCGAGAAGGUGUCCAAGACUGGAGCUGAAGGUACGGUGCUGGAUGAGGCGAAGAACAUCAAUAAAUCACUGUCGGCACUUGGCAAUGUAAUAUCAGCACUUGCUGAUGGCAAUAAGACACACAUUCCCUAUCGUGAUUCCAAACUGACAAGAAUCCUGCAGGAAUCACUUGGUGGCAAUGCCAGAACGACAAUUGUCAUCUGCUGCUCUCCCGCAAGUUUCAAUGAGUCUGAAACGAAGUCCACACUCGAGUUUGGAAAGCGUGCGAAGACUGUGAAGAAUGUCGUAUGCGUGAAUGAGGAGCUGACAGCUGAGGAGUGGAAGCGGCGCUAUGAGCGUGAGAAGGAGAAGGUAGGCCGUCUGAAGGGUAAAGUGGAGAAGCUGGAAGCCGAAUUGGCGCGAUGGCGUGCUGGUGAGACUGUAUCUGCGGAUGAGCAGGUGAAUCUGCAUGAACUGAUGGAGGCGAGUACACCCAAUGUUGAUGUCGUCGAAGUGGAGAACGUGCCGCCAGCCCCUGUCCCGGCAACACCUAGUGGCUUGACCAUGAUUGGAUCGAUCAGUGCGGAAGAGCGUACGCGAUUUGAGAGUGAACGCGAGCGCCUCUAUCAGCAACUGGAUGACAAGGAUGAGGAGAUUAAUCAGCAUUCACAGUACGUGGAAAAGUUGAAGGAGCAGAUUAUGGAUCAGGAGGAGUUGAUUGGUAAUGCCAGGCGCGAUAAUGAGAAUCUGCAAACAGAGAUGACGCGCAUUCAGCAGGAGAACGAGAGCGCCAAGGAGGAGGUGAAGGAGGUACUUCAGGCGUUGGAGGAACUUGCUGUGAAUUACGAUCAGAAGAGUCAGGAGAUAGAGACGAAGAACAAGGAAAUUGACACGAUCAAUGAAGAGUUAUUGCAGAAGCAAGCACUUCUCAACACCACUUCGACGGAUUUGCAACAAUUGCGCGAUAUGUCGACACAUCAGAAGAAGCGAUACAACGAGAUCUUGUCAAAUCUGCUGCGUGAUCUGUCUGAGGUGGGCCAGGCGCUCAGCACGGAUAGUUCGGCGGAUUUGAAAUUGAACGCUGAUACAGCAGCUGGGAAAGUGGAGGAGGAGUUCACGGUGGCGCGUCUGUACAUAAGCAAGAUGAAGAGUGAGGCGAAGAAUUUGGCGCAACGCUGUCAGAAUCUCGAGGGUCAGACAAUGGAUUCGAAUAAGAAGAUGUCAGAGUAUGAGAAGGAUUUGGCGGACUGUCGACUGUUGAUUUCGCAACAUGAGGCGCGCAUGAAGAGUCUGCAGGAGUCAAUGCGAGAGGCGGAGAAUAAGAAGAGGACGUUGGAGGAGAACAUAGAUGCAUUGCGCGAAGAGUGUGCAAAACUGAAGGCGGCAGAACAAGUAUCAGCUGUAAGUGCGGAGGAGAAGCAGCGAGCUGAGCAGCUGAGGACGGCUUUUGAUAAGCAAAUGGACCAACUGCGUGAUGGACACACUGCUCAAGUGGCCGAGUUGCGAGAUGAGAUCUCAGAGAAACAAGAGGCUAUCAAUGAACUUAAGGAUUUGAACCAAAAAUUAACACUUGCUCAUCAGCAAAUGUCGUCGGAUUAUGAGAAGUUGAAGCAGGAGGAGGCGGACAAGUCCAGCAAGCUGCAAGAGCUCAUUCUCACCAAUGAACGUCGAGAACAGGCGAGAAAGGAUCUCAAAGGAUUGGAAGAUACAGUGUCGAAGGAGCUCCAGACACUUCACAAUUUGCGUAAACUCUUCGUGCAGGAUCUUCAAGCACGCAUUAAGAAGUCUAUUACAUCGGAGGACAACGAAGAUGACGGAGGAUCGCUGGCGCAGAAGCAGAAGAUCUCGUUCUUGGAGAACAAUCUGGAGCAGCUGACUAAAGUGCACAAGCAGCUGGUGCGUGAUAAUGCGGACUUGAGAUGUGAACUGCCCAAGUUGGAGAAGAGACUCAGAACGACGAUGGAGCGUGUGAAGGCGCUCGAGACUGCCCUCAAGGAGGCCAAGGAGGGCGCAAUGCGUGAUCGAAAGCGAUACCAAUACGAAGUGGAUCGCAUUAAGGAAGCCGUACGACAGAAAAAUCUUGCUCGACGUGGUCCUCAGGCACAAAUUGCCAAGCCAAUUCGUGCUGGUCAGGGACACAUUGUGAGCGGGAUUCGCGGUGGUGGCGGAAUUAUACCACCUGGAGCAAAUGCAGUUCCCCAGUAAAUUACUACAGUUUCUCUAAGCAUAAAAAUCGUUUUGUAAUAUUGAUUUAUUUUGUGAGACAAAACACUUGAAGCUGGAUUUUAUUCGAAAAAAAAUAUUCGACAAUUUUCCAAUUGCAAUUAUAUGUAGUAAUGAUAAUUUCUCCUUUCAUUAAUAUGAAAUUGAAUAUACUACAGUGUUUGGCACUGUCUGUAGCAUUUGUUCCGGUUCAAUUUGAGUUGAGUUCUGUCUCGUAAUAAUGCAUUGAAUAGUGGAGAAAUUAAUAUUUUAUAGAAAAAAAAUGCCGUUUAGAUGUGUUGGUGCUGCUGAUGUGAAAAUCAAAAAGCUUUUGUGGCACUAUUCUCUAGUUACGCGAUAGGAUAUUAAAUUAGAAAAGGGCAUUUUCCUACAUAUAUCGAAACUGCUAUCUUAUCUUCAGUGUGAAGUGAAUAAAAAAAAAAUGCUAUUUGAGAUUGAGAUUAGUGGUGAAAGACCUACAUUUACUACAUUAGACAUGAUUUAUCAAGGAAAUUUCCAGUGAAUUACUUUAAUGUUUUCCAUAAUGAUAUGGUAUUGAAAAUCUAAUGAUUAAUCUUAAUUAUAAAACAUUCGGUUAUACUUAUCUUCAUCAGGAUAUUAGAGAGGAGAUGAACAAUGUUUGUGAAUCUACUAUUUAAUUUGAAACUCUAAUGCAAUUUCCCAUUUACCUCUUCAUCAGUCAUGUCAUAGAUAUAAUGAAAAAGAAAUACAGCACAAGCUACGCUACUAAAUCACUUGAUAUGUUUUUAUUUUAACUCGCGACAACUGAUAUUCAACAAUGCGUAUAUUUUAGGAGUGCAUAGAAAAGAUGAUGUGUCAUUGUGAAAAAAAGCUAAUUUCCGCACUUUCGUACAUAUUGCCGUACUUGCCCUCCAAUUUCGAAAGCUAAACUUCCCCGCGAAUGGAUAAGCAAGUUGAGUAAAUGAAUAUAUGAAGGUAUAAUAAAACUAAUUCAGUGCUUCAUCGUUAGAUCAUAGUAAAUUAUUACAAUUUAUAAAUUAUUGUAUCAAAAUAAAAGUGAAAUGCAAAACUCUGCAAGAUGCAUAAUUUAAAAAUAAUUUCAUAAAUGUAUUUUUACAUAAAGGGAGUUAACUAUAAAAAUGAAGAAGCGAAUGCAAUAUAUUUUUUGUUUAAUUUAAUAUUGUGCAUACAUACUAAAUGAUAAAAUGAACAUUUUUUGAUGAGCUUUGGC